AUGGCGACUUGGGUAUAUCCCCAGCUGCCUCCGGAUCAGCUCAAGCGGGAGGAAGAAGAGUCACUGUCCCGUGAGCUCGAAUGGCUUCUUCGGUCGCUGCAGGAAUCUCUGGCUGCUUUGCGGGAGGGACUUCAAGAGUGUGCCGCCCUUCUUGCUCCCACGGAGCCCGGCUCUACCCUGGUGCUUUCUUCUCUCCGGUCCGAGAGCGUCAAAGGCUAUGUCACGCGGGUAGGGCCGAGGAUCGUGAAAGGGGACGUUCACCUCCGACUGAACUCUUUACCUCCUCCUCGCGGCUCACAUGCCACCAGACUUUGUCUUUCUACGAGUCCUACCGCCCCAGAGUUAAUACUGGACCAGAUUGCACUAGCGCGCCGGCAGAUAAAUGACAGUCUCGACGUAGUGGACGUUAGCACCUUUACGGGUGAUCCCAUGAAUGCUAACUUUAUAUCCGGCCAGUUACGGUUGCUGCAAGAGCACAUAAUGGAAGCGCGGCAUGCCUUGAAGGGUGACCGCGAGGAUAUGAGGAAGCCUUGGAAUGAAGGCAGCGCGGAUGCAAAUGCAUUCGAUCCACCGCUACCUAGUCAUUUAUCGUUUUACCUUAGUGUCUCCGAGGCGGCGUUAGUCCUGUACGUUCGUACACUGGAGCCACAUGCCACUUCCGAUAUCCCAACUACCUACUUUGCUCCAGAAAUCGGCCUAAGCGGCUUUUCUCUUCGAGAUCGUCUGUUCGGAACCAAACAUCAAAGUCAUGAUGAAUCGGGGGAUGUAUUCUGCUGGAACGGCGAGGAAGUUAAAGUGAAAGAGAAGGUCAGGGUGGAAAGUCAGGACCCUAGCUUGAUGGCGGCCAUGGCCAAGCUCACUGCUUUAGAACAUGAAGUUGCAAAGCUCAAGAAGGCGCUUGCUGUUGUAAUGGGAGACGAGGAGAGCGAUAGCGACUGA